UUAACCCAUGUUCACAUGAUUGCAUAUUGUUUUUUAAAGCAAUCCUCUACCAACUGAACAUACAAAACCCAAAUUUUGGUGCCGAUAAAAGAGUACAAAACAUUAAUAUGAAAGUCUCCUGUUGCCGAUAUGGGCACAAUUGUAGUAUAAGCUCUGAUUUCAGGGAUUUGGACAAAUGACCUAUACAUAUACCUAUAAGUGUAUUGGUGUGAAGACAUGUUUCUGUAGACCCAUUCUCUUUAGUAUCACUGUCUUGCAACGGCUUGCCAAGGUUGAAUGUGUGACUAGUUAAUGUCAAAGACUUAUUGGGAAAGCAGUUAUUUUACUGCAAGUAUAGUGGAAACACUUAAGGAAGUAAUUUUCAUAAUAAAUUGACUGAAUUCUCAACACAGCAAACACAACAAAGAGAGAAGGUUACAACAAAGACUUCUAAUCCAAGAAACUCAAUGACAUCGUAACAUACAAUGAGAGGACUGAAAUCAUGAUGCUUCUCAAGGAAAUAGACAGAAGACUUCAACGCCCUUCAUGAGGUCAAACAAUGGAGAAUUCAUCAUCUCUGCAUGUAGAACAUCAGCUCUGGACAAUGAAGAUAGAAACUGUCUUCAUCAAUAACAGAUCUAAACAUUCCUCAGUUUUGAGCUCACUGGAGCUGAUGGGAUGGACUUCCAUCAUGUCACAGAUCAGCUGCUGUAAAUGAUAUAAAAGCAAGAGAGAGCACCUACAGAUACAUCAGUGAGAUACAUCACACACUCAUCAUGACCUUCACCAUCUUCUCUAUCACCUGCCUUGCCCUGGUGGCCUCUGCUCUGGGUUGUGGAAUCCCUGCGAUUAAACCGCAGACGAUCGGCAGCAGGAUUGUGAACGGACAGAAUGCCAUCUCUGGUUCUUGGCCCUGGCAGGUCUCUCUUCAGCAAGCCAAUGGUUUCCACUUCUGCGGAGGAUCCUUGAUCAAUGAGAACUGGGUUCUCACUUCUGCCCAAUGCGCUGUCGUGGUCAGCUCUCACCAUGUCAUUCUUGGAGAACAUAAUCGUGGCUCCAAUGAUGAACCCAUCCAGAUCCAACUAGUUUCCAAGGUCAUCACCCAUCCACUCUUCAACAGAACAACCUUCAACAAUGACAUUGCUCUGCUGAAACUGUCGUCUCCAGUCACAUUCACUCCUCGUAUCUCUCCUGUAUGCCUGGCUCCAUCAAACGCCAGGAUCGUGCCUGGAACGCGCUGCUUCACCACUGGCUGGGGCCAGACUGCUACUAUAACGAGUCCUAUGAUCCUGCAGCAAACAGGCGUUCCCAUCAUUAGUCCUGCUGUGUGCAGGCAGAUGUGGAGUCAGAGCAGAAUCACUGAUGCCAUGAUCUGUGCUGGAGCUUCCGGUUCCUCAUCUUGCAAGGGUGAUACUGGUGGUCCUCUGGUGUGUGAGAUUUCAGGGCUCUGGACUCUGGUGGGCUCUGUGUCUUUUGAAAAAAGCACUUGUGACCCCCGUUUCCCUGCAGUCUACUCCAACAUCUCCCAACUGCGCUCUUGGAUUGACAAGACUAUUGCUUUCAACUAGAUCACCAGUCUGAAUAUUUAUUUUCUGUCUUUGAUUCCCUGUUGGUGGUCUUUUUGUUUGUGGGUUUGGGUCAGUCAGUGACUUCAUACUGUUUUCCUAUUUCAGCUGUACAGAUAAUGAAAACCUUUCAAUAAAUGACAUAAGAAAAACAAAAAAAGCAAUGGAGAAUGUUAAAGAGUGUAAUUAAUGACAUGUUAUAUCUGACGGGUGAUAACAGACCAGUCCUCUGCUCAAUAUGACUUGUGCUGCAGUCUGGAAUUAAACCACAUCAUGU